GCCCUUUCAUUUUUAAAUUCUAACCUUUUUUUAAUACAAAUGCUUCGCUCAAAAAACCUCAGGCGGAUACUGGAGCAGGCCCUGACCAAGGACAUCUGCGUGUGCGCUGUGUUCAAUGAGGACGGCGUCGUGCUCGCCCAUGCCUCGGCCGAACGGGACUUUAGCAUCAGCAGCCUGCGCACCAGCAGCAUCCGCACCACAGCCUCGUACCUGGCAGGGGCAUCGCAGUCCGAUGUCUUGUCUAUGUCAAAGCCCGCCAGCCCGAGCGGCUCCAUCACGUCGUCGCUCAACGACGAUCUGGUGGACAGCUCGCCACGGCUCAGCGCGCGCGAGCAGCUCGACGACGACCUGGCCAUUGCUGCCAGCUUGUGGCAGGGGUACGAGAACAUGGCCAGCCUGAUCGAGAGCAAGGCUGAGAUGGACGAGGAGGACGACGAAGUGGCAGCGGCGGCAGCAAGCACCAACGAGCUGGCCAUGAUUCUGGUUGAAUGCGAGUUUGGCCGCGUGGCCGUGACGCGGCUAGGUGCACUGCGGCUGUUUUUGCUGAGCAAGACCACGGCGCCGCUGGGUCUGCUAAAGGCCACAUCCGAUAACCUGACAAAGUACCUGGCUGGAGCGCUGCAAUGCCCGCCAAAUCAAAUAAACUGAUUUUUUC